AUGUAGAUAGAUUUAGAAUAGGAAUCUCAGUCUUUAUAGGCUGAUAAUAUAAUUCUUCCUUUAGAAUAUACAAAAUUAAUUAUAGAUGAUUACGAGACCUAAGAACUUAUUAUCUAAGAUAAGAAAAGCUAAAUUUAUGCUAAAUCAAUUAAUGGGUAAUCUGUGUUAUAUUUCAAAAACGGAGAUACUUACUAGGGCGAUAUUUUUAAAGGAAUCAUGCAUGGUAAAGGUGUUUUUAAGUGGGAAAACGGAGCAAAAUAUGUCGGAACAUUUGUUUAUAAUGAGAUUUAAGGCGAAGGAGAGUAUUUUUGGCCUGAUGGAAGCUAUUAUAAAGGCUAAGUUAUGCAUGGUAAAAGGCAUGGCCAUGGAUAUUAUGAAACAGAGAAUAAAAAAACUAUUUAUGAGGGAGAGUGGUUCGCUGGAAAGCGUCAAGGAAAAGGAAAAAUAGUUUUCUCAUCAGGAGCAAGUUAUGAAGGAGAAUUUUUUAAUGGUAUAAAGCAUGGAAAAGGAAUAUUUAAAUAUGCAUCAGGAAAUUAUUAUGAAGGCGAAUAUGUAAAUGAUAAAAAGGAAGGAUAUGGAGUCAUGUAUUGGCUUGAUACAUCAGAGAAGUACUUUGGAAACUGGUCAAAUAAUCUUUAAAAUGGCUUUGGAGUUCAUAUUUGGUUAGAAAAUAAGGGUGAAAAAAAGAUGUUCAGAAACAGGUAUGAAGGCUAAUGGUUAGAUGGUGAAAGACAUGGGUAUGGUGUAUUUUAUUAUGCUAAUGGGAGUAAAUAUGAAGGAUAAUGGGUUAAAAACUUGAAAGAAGGAUUUGCAGUAUUCACUGAAGAUAACGGCAACAUCAUUUAAGGAACAUUCAAAGGAGAUAAAUUAAUUCAAAAUAUUUUAGAUAAACCUCUACUCAGUUUGAAUUUUGAUGAGUUGGAUAAAACAGAUUUAAACAACUCCAAUUCCUAGACUUUCUCUCCUCAAACAAGAACUAAUAGCAAGAAAAACACAAGCAUUAAGAAGGAGAGUUCACCUCUUCCUAAAAAAUCUAUACUAGGUACUUCUAUGAGUAAGCCAUUAAUUUAAAUUUAAUAGAAAUCUUAAAGCGUUUUGUAGACAUCUUCAGCAUCUAUUAAUAAUAUAUUGUAAGAUAAUCAAAAACAAUCGUCAUCUUUCAAACCUGCUAAUUAAACAACAAAUGAAACAAACAAAGAUGAAAAAUAAAACUAAAUUAAUAAGUCGAUUUUAGGAUCUGAGGGUGCAAGUAAUCUCCCAACAAAAAGGUCUAAUGAAAAUAACAAGGAUUAAGUAAAGGAUUCACAAUAAGAUACUAAAAAGUAAACAAAAAAAGAUUAGAAAAAAGAUUAAUAAAAAGAGGAUGAAUAAAAGCAGCUUUAAGAAAAUCCUUACAAUACCCUGCUUGAUUACAGUGACUUAGACAUAAACUUUCAAGAUGCCUAAGCAGUUCAUAAAAAUGUCAACACAGUUUUACUACGACACAAUUCUAACUUGAUAUAGUGGUAUAAAGAUUGCUCUUAGAGAUAUGAGAGCACGUUAGGAGAAAAAUCUUUCACUAUGGAUAUGCAAUAAAUUUGGAAGUUUUUAAAAGAAAUUAAAAUAUUUGGUGGUAGUGUUACAUAAUCUACAAUUAAUAGAUUGUUUCAUAGAGGUAGAAAGAAUUAUUACUCAAUACAGGCUAGUGAAAAAGAAUUAUUAACUGAGUUAGAGGCUAUUAAAUCUUUAGGCAGAUUUAUAACAGAAGAAGAAAGAAAAGAUUUAAAAUUGGUAGAAUUCCUCUAAGCCUAUAAAAAAAAGAUUAAAUAUGAAAAAAUAUUGACACCAAAUAUUUUUGAAUAAGACCCUAACCAAGAAACAGAAGAAAUAUACUAUACUAAAGUUAUCAACAUUCACGAUAUGUCAUAGCCUAUUUUGUAUCGCCAUUUUGUUGAUGUUCUCGUCAGAGUAGCUUAUUUAAGGUCGAAAAUACCAGAUCAAUUACAUCUUGAGUUAGAAAAAAUUAUUGAAUAGCACAUAAAACCAUUUUUCGAAAAUAAAAAGAAAAGCAUGAAAACUUCCUCUAAAUUAAACGAAGAUGAACUUCAAAGCUACUUCAACAAGGCUACUUUUAUUAAACACAGUUGUAUGGAUAACUUACAUAAAAUUUUUGAUAAAAUAAAAACUGUAAAUAGAUCUUCUAAGUUUGGUUAUUCUGACGAAACUUGCCUUCUUUAAGGACUAAUAAAAGUUUUAAAAUCUAGUGAGAUUAUUAAAAACGAUGCUGACUAAAACUUUCUUUAUUUCAUUCUUGAGCAAGGAUUCGAUCCUAAUCUAACCCUAGGCCAGAUAGAUUAGAUGAUUAAAGAAAGAGAAAAAGAGAGAGAGAAAGAACAAUAAAAGGUAAAUAAUAAACGUGCCUAAGUUAAAGCAAGCAAUUAAAGAAAAAAAACUCCAGAUUUUAAAAAGAUGAAAGAGGAAAAAAUAAAUAUCUUAAUCAACACAGAAUUAAUUUUUAGUGAGUUCAUAAAGUUAAUUCUAGUUUACACCAUUAAGCAUAUUAAAGAUCUCCAUACUAAAAUAGAUGAUGAUAUCUUAGAAAAGAAAGUCUCCUAAAUGAUCGAAAAAAUAAAUAAAAAAACAAUAAAUUAUAAUGAUCCGAGAUUAAGCUAAACUACAACAAAGAAAAUUUGGCCUACAAGUAUUAAAGAUUAAUUAAAAGUUGAACUUGCAAAGAAUAGACUCAAAAAGGAAGAGUUAGAAAAAGAAAAAAAGAGGAAGGAAGAAGAAAGAAAGAGAGAAUAAAGAGAAAAAGCUUAAAUGGAACUAAACGAUUUUAAUGCCCCUUCAGAUAUAGAAAUUGAUAGUGAAGAUGACUAUUGA